AUGGGCCAGAGCGUGGCAUCCGUGCAGAACAUGACUCACGGCUAUGGCGGCCGCCUGCUGUUCAAGAACGCUAACCUGGAGAUCGAGAGGGGCGACCGCGUCGCCAUCAUCGGGCCCAACGGCGCCGGCAAGUCCACGCUGCUGCGGCUGAUCAUGGGGCGGGAGAAGCCCAUGGCGGGCCGGGUGUCCCUGGGGGAGCACAACAUCGUGCCUAACUACUUUGAGCAGAACCAGGCAGAAGCCCUGGACCUGGAGCUGACGGUGAUGGAGACGCUCGUGAGGUCGGCGCCAGACGCACAGCUCAACGAGCUGAAGCAGCUGCUGGGCCGCAUGAUGUUCAGCGGCACCGCCAUGGACAAAAAGGUCAAGGUGCUGUCCGGCGGCGAGAAGGCGCGCCUGGCCCUGGCCAAGUUCAUGUGCACCAAGGGCACGCUGCUCAUCCUGGACGAGCCCACCAACCACCUGGACAUCCCCUCCAAGGAGACGCUGGAGGAGGCCGUGCGGUGCUUCGAGGGCGCGGUCAUCGCGGUCUCACACGACAGGUACUUCCUUCGGCAGAUCGCGACGCGGAUCCUGCAGGUGGAGGGCGGCCAGUUCGUGGACUUCCAGCAGGCACCCGCGCUGCUGCUGGUCGCGGCAGGGCUGCCCUCGGCGCCCGGCACCCACCCCACAGCACCCUCGCCCACAUGA